AUGUACCUUAUGUCCAAGGGACUGUGGGAUGCAGUGCUUGGUGGAGCAGGCGUCACGGCGAUGAAGGAGCAGCAAGGGCAUACUGCGAUCGUGCUCAAUUUGAAGGACUCCAGCUGGUUCACGUCAUUAAUGCAACCAUUGCUCACGAAACCUGGGCAGCACUGGAGGGGGUUUUAUCGAACGCAGGACAUGGCAAGCCGGAUAUGGCUCAAGGAGAAGUUUGCUUCAUUCAAGUAUACGGCAAAGGACAUGAGCGCGCACGUGAUGGAGCUAGAGCAACUAGUACUGCAGAUGAGAAGCGCGUAUUGUGAGCCAAAUGAGGAGGAUGUGUGCGCGACGAUGCUGCGCAGCCUGUCAGCAGCGUACGAGAGCCUGGUGCAGGUAUAUCGCAUGAACGUGACUCAAUUCAGCUUUAGUAACCUCGUAAGCAAGCUGAUCGCCGAGGAGGUGCGCAAGCAGGAAUCAUGCCGCAUUGAGAGCGCUACACGUGGGCAAGCAACACGAAAAGCGCCAGUUCACCAGAAAGAGUGGCGGUCAGCGCAAAAACGAAGCGAAAGUUCAGUGCUACCAUUGCGGGAAGCGCGGACGCUACGCGCGCGACUGCUGGGCGAAGGCUAG